AUGACUAUCCAGAUGGAAGAUAUCCUGGCAAACAGAGUCCCAACCCCUUGGACAUACGCCUCUUUUGUCGCAUAUCUCUCGGACAACUACUGCUUGGAGAUUCUCCAAUUUGCUCUGGCGGCCGCACAGUACAAGGAGCGCUAUGAUUUUGUUUCGAGCAUACCUGGGAGGAGGGUUUCCUUGCCAUCUCAGGAGUCCCAAGAUCUCUUGAUUUUGUGGACUUCGCUUGUCGAAACCUACCUUCUACCCGACGGCGAGCGCGAAGUCAAUCUGCCUUCUCAAAUACGCGAUCCCAUCAUUGGCUAUACACUAGAGCAGCGCGCUGCCGAUCCUCAAGUUCUUGAGUCGGCCAUUCUUGCGACUUGGGAGUUGAUGGAAGGAUUGAUCCUGAGCUCAUACGUUUCCGGGGUCCCUCUACAGUCCUGUCUCCCUGGAGCGUCUCAGCCCUCUGGUCGUUUUGAAAGAACAAAAGUCCACGCCGGGAACGAACGAGGCCGCCGUGCGAGAGUGGCGGACAUCCUGCACAGCUCCCGGCCACGAGUUCGCAAGAUCAUCAUUUCACUGUUCGAUCUCUUCGCCCGGCAUCAUGUCUCUCGCUCUCGGCAAUAUACAAGGAGGUUUUCCCAUUAG